AUGUCAUCCUUUUCAGCGAGUCCUGCAAGCUCCUUGGCCUUUCAACUGCAAUCGGUCAAGGUUCAGCUGAUUUGGAAAUCAAGGUGGAGCCCUGUCAAAUUCCUUUUCCUUUUUUCGCGUUACAACAUGUUCGUUGCAACCAUUCCAAUCUUGAUUCUGACUCUUGGCUCCGAUAUACCCAGCAAUACAUGCAAGAAGAUUAAUUUGGCCAGUGCAGUAUUCGGCGUAACCAGUGUUGCGAUAGCAGAAGGAAUCCUUGUUCUACGGACGAUUGCAAUAUGGUCUGGCAGCAAAAAGUCUUGUCGUUGUCUGGUGUGUCUAUAUAUGGUCAUUAUUGUGACCAUGCUCGUAUCGACCUUCAUUUAUGUGCACUCCCUCGUUUUUGUCCCAGAACAAGAGCUAUUAGGAUGUAAUCCUAUGACGCGUCCGGACAGUGUCAUAUAUGCGCUAAUUAUUAUAUCAUGCGUCAUAUUUCACGAGACCGUGCUCUUAACCCUACUUUUGUACCGGAUAAAUGUGUAUCACCGCCACACCACUAAUCCAAUAUUGCAGACUCUGUACAGAGAUGGUAUUGGCUUUUAUCUGUGUAUAUUGGGUAAAACUCGCACGUGCACUAAUUCCUGUUAAAAGCUGAUACCUUGUCUCUUGCAUCCAGCUUUGUCUGUUGCUAAUGUUGUCGCG